CGGCUCACGCAGUGCUCUGGGGUUGGGCUCAGGAACGGCCCGUGUAAAUAUCGUGCGCUUGUAGCAUAUCCCUCCGCUCUCGCGUUGCCGACUUUCGGGGUCGCCUCCAGUCGAGCGCGCGGCGGGACUUCCGACUUCGCCCGGGGGUGGGGGACGAGCAAGGAUGCUGAGCACAAACUGGUGGAUACGUCGCCGGCAAGGCGGAAGAAGAGAAGAAGACGAUGGCGUAGAUGACCGAUUCUCCCUCCCCACCCGCGAUGAUGUCCAGCCCAUCGACACCCAAGAACAAGAGGAGAUGGUCCGCUCUUAUGAGAGGAAGCACGAUCAACAGAGUCUUAUUUGGAGGCGCAUUUUUGCUGGUUUUCUUGUUGGCUAUGCGGCAUUCUUGAUCUAUUCCAUCUUCCACCAAGCUUGGUUUCCCUGGGAACUGCGCUAUCAUGCUUACUUCAUGGAUGAGAUGCCCACAUGGAUGGUCAUAUUUGCAGACUGGGUUGCUGUGCUAGCUUGUUUGUUCACAGUCAAAGGGCUACUCCAUAGUUCAAGCUCGUAUAAACGGUGGAUGUGGUAUUCAUGCUAUACUGGCUCAUUCCUGACCAUCUUUUGGCUGUAUUACAUGUUGAGGUUACCAAAAUUCCGGUGGGAUAUAAUAUGGCUUCCUUUUGGCCCUUUGAGUGGUGCUGGGAUCUGCCUCUAUGUAGACCAUCUGCUGAUGGAGUCACUACAAGAUAUUAGAAAGUUGCGCAGCUACAUGUAUAACUACAAAACCUUAUGAUUUGCAUGUUCCGUUUUUAGGGAGUCUUCCAGCAAAUUUCUUCUGUAUACAAGAAUUUGCUAUUGGUAAAAAAGAGGGGGAAAAAAAGGAAAACAUGCAUCCACUUCUUAGCCAGUCCUCUUCCUGUAUUCGAAUUUACCAGAAACCUGGUUUCUGGAUGCCAUUUCAUAGUUCUAGAUAGCAGCUAUUCUUACCUUUCUGAAUUACAGUGUGGCAUGGUGAGUUAAUGUGGAAAAUGGUUCUCAUUCAUGA